AAAGCAACGGCAUCUCAGAUAGCACAACAGUUUAUCCUCCAUGUCAGUGACACGAUUGAAAGAAGAGAAACAUACGGUAACCUACAUUUCAAAGGUCACAGUGCAGCUUCCCAAGUGUUUUCAAAACCACAAUUUAUAAACCAGCAGAGUGGCAACAUGGAUGAUUUCAGGAUUUGGUCUGUUUUGCUAAUCACGCUGGUCGGUUUGUGCCAAAGAUGCAUGCUGUGCGGCAUUUCAACACAUAUUGAAAUAGCACAUAGAGCUUUGGAAUUUUUCAACAAACAUGAAAGGAAUUUGAAUUAUAGACAGUUGUUACUAAAACACCAAGAUGCAUUUCAGGCUGGGAGUGUUUAUCCUGAUGCUUUUUAUCCUGGUAUUUGCAAGAAUGGAAUAUUUCAUCAUGUAUCUGAAGACACUCACUGGACACCAUUCCUCAACACCAGCAUUCAUUACAUUAGAAGGCAUUAUCCUUAUCCUUGGGAAGAGGCUACGGAGAAACUGGUGGCUUUCUUGUUUGGAAUUGCCUCCCAUAUGGUGGCAGAUGUGAACUGGCAUAGCUUGGGCAUUGAUCAAGGAUUUCUACAGACCAUGGGAGCAAUUGAUUUUCGUGGCUCAUACUCAGAAGCUCAUCAAGUUGGUGAUUUUGGAGGAGAUGUAUUGAGCCAGUUUGAACUGGAUUUCAGUUAUCUGGAAGCAGACUGGUAUAUACCUGUCAAAGACCUAAUAGCCAUCUAUCAGGAAUAUUAUGGUGAAAAAGUUGUAACUGAAGGCACAGUUAUUGACUGCACUUACCUGCAGUUUCUUGAAUUAUAUGGAGAAAAACUUGCUGUUGCUAAGCUCUUCCCAACAUAUGCUGGCAAAUCUCCAUUUUUGGUGGAGAAGUUCCAUGAGUAUUUCCUUGGAGGAAUGGAUGACAUGGCAUUUUGGUCAAAUAACAUUUUUCAGCUAACGAGCCAUAUGUUAGAAGCUGGGACUAGUGGCUGCUUCAUGCCUGAGAACCCACUAUUCAUAGACUGCAACAGGAGGCACAGACAGAGCUACAGAAUUAAACAGUCCAAAAAUGAACACCAAGAGAACAUGACAUCUUCACUUGCAAAAGAAGUUGAUAAGAAUAUAAACUAUACUGAGAGAGGAGUUUAUUUCAGGCAAACUUGGGCAAUAAAUUCCCUCCAUUUUAUAAAUGGAGCUUUUGCAACAAAUGUCCGAAAAGUGCUAGCAGUCACACAUCAACAUGCCUCUAACCACGUCACCAAACCUACAGCCUUCUACUUCCUAAAAUCACCUUAUGCUAGGCUUGGAUGGGCGAUGACCUCAGCUGAUUUAAACCAGGAUGGAUAUGAGGAUCUAGUGGUUGGAGCACCAGGAUACAGCAGAUUGGGCUGGGUGCAGAUAGGACGGGUGUACAUAAUUUACAGUAAACAAUCAGGUUUGCCUCCAGUAAAUAUGAACCUGAACAAGGAAGCGGAUCAAGUGCUGGAGGGUCAUCAGCCUUCAGGCAGGUUUGGUUCUGCUGUAUCAGUGCUGGACUUCAAUGAGGAUGGAGUUCCUGAUCUUGCGGUGGGUGCACCCUCUGUAGGGUCACAGCUUCUCACUUACAAAGGUGCUGUGUAUAUAUAUUUUGGAAUUGAAGGAAAAGGCUUCUCAUCUCGGCCCAACAUCACCAUAACUUGCCAGUAUACCUACUGUAACCUUGGCUGGUCUCUGCUGGCUGCUGACAUUGAUGGGGAUGGAAGAUCUGAUCUGGUGGCCAGUUCUCCUUAUGCACCCGGUGGUGGGAAGCAGAGAGGAUUUGUGGUUGCAUUUUAUUCCUACUUCAACAGGAGCAAUCAAGGACUGCUGUCGGUAGAGGAUGCUGACUGGAUGGUGAACGGGGAAAAGAACUAUGCCUGGUUUGGAUAUUCACUUGACAGACACCAGAUGGAGAACAUAACCUUACUGUUGAUUGGUAGCCCUACCUGGAAGCACUGUAUUAGUCCAGAUUGCCACCUCUCAUUUGAUAGCAGAGAGAAUAUUGGAAAGGUGUAUGCAUACAACCCGCCAAGCACACUCAGCUGGUUUGCUGUAACUGGAGACAGGGAGAUGGGCAAACUGGGUUUGUCACUGGCUAGUGGCUUUGUGUCUGUGGCUGGAAUCCCAAGACAUGUGUUGGUGGCUGGCGCACCUACCUCUGACAGCACAUCUAGGAUUGUGUUUAUACCCUCAGUACUACACCAAGCUGGGACUAUUCUCAUGUAUGACUUGACAAACAGCACCAAGCCUUCUUUGCUCAGCACUUUCAGUGGGGACAGGAAGUUCUCUCGCUUUGGAGGAGCUGUACACUUAAGUGACCUUGAUGGUGAUGGAUUAGAUGAAAUUAUUGUGACAUCCCCUCUGAGAACUACAGACAUCACAUCUGGACUCUUUGGUGGGGAGGCUGGAUGUGUUUACAUAUAUAACGGAAACCAGACCACAUUGGGUGAUGUGACAGACCACUGCAAAUCAUGGACUUCUCCUUGUCCUGAGGACUGGGCACAAUAUGUAUUGAUUUCUCCUGAAGAAAGAUCAAGAUUUGGGAGCUCUGUCAUCACUGUUAAAUCUGAAGCAAAGAGCGAAAUUGUAGUAGCUGCUGAGAGAAGCUCAGUGAAAGCCAGGCUUGGUGGAAGGCUUUUUCUCUAUGCUCUCUAAGUAUUUCCACUUGUUUACUGAGUACAUGCCGGUCUUUCAGUGGAGCAUCCAUCCAUAUCCAUGAUAGAUAUCUAUAUUCAUAUCCUUUACUCUUCUCUAUACUACAC